AUGAAACAGCCGUACUUUUACAUGAAAGAUGAGCGGCAGGACAGCACCGAGCCGCAUUUUGUACUCAACCGCAAUAUGAGAGAGCGUAGGAGUAUACCCAAAGAAGGCUUUACUAUUCUGGAGACCAAUCCCGACCGAGUCGAGGCCGGCCAGCUGUUCGACAAGGACAUGCUGCUGACGGAGGCGCAGUGGAGGGACCUCGCCUUGAGGAAGGGCCUGGCCUCUCAGAACUACCGCUGGCCAGAGAGCGGAGACGGCUUCCCGCACGUGCCUUACCGCUUCGCCGACGCUAACGUGGACCAGGUCGCGGUCAAAGCCGGCAUCGCGCACUGGGAGCAGCACACCUGCCUCAAGUUCGACCUGACCACCAAUGAGAACCAGCCUCACCUCAAGUUCCAGAACCGGCUGUUGGUCCUGGGCACAGUCGCCCACGAAAUCGGCCACGCCAUCGGCUUCUACCACGAACAGUCCCGCCCGGAUCGCGACGACAGCAUCCACAUCAAUGAGGAAAACAUCGUGGACGGAAGAGAAAACAACUUUGCCAAGAAAUCCGACAGUCUUGUGGACAGUCAAGGAAUUCCAUACGAUUACUCAAGUGACAUGCAUUACAGCGGAUUUGACACCUGGGUUGACUUUCUUUUGCAUGAAAGUGACGGCAAUCUCACAAUGUAUUCUAACCAAGAGCCGUUCACCCCUCAGGGCUUCUCGAAGAACGGCCGCCUGACCAUCGCCACGGUGGACCCGCGCAACCAGGAGCUGAUCGGACGUCGCGACGGCCUGUCGCACCGGGACACGCACCUCGCCAACCUCAUACAAGUGGAAGCAGGCGUGUGCAUGGACAGCGACCCCUGCCAGAACGGCGGGUACACUGGUGCAAACUGCGCGUGCGUGUGUCCGCAAGGAACAUCCGGGUCUUCCUGCGAAACACUCGAAGAGGAUUAUUUUGCCUCGCAACGCAGUGACUGCAGUGCGCGCAUCACAAGCCCUGGCACGGUCACCUCGCCCAACUACCCGAGUAACUACCCUUAUGGAGUGGUAUGUGCCAAGUGGGUAGUGGCACCUGAGUGCAAGCUGCCCAGAGUCACCUUCACUGCCUUCAGGCUCUCCGACUGUUGGGACAACCUGGAGAUUCGAACCAGCAACCGCUACGAUGGCGACUUCUACUGCGGGACCAGCAUCGCCCCGGGUACCUCGUUCACCUCCACCACCAACGAGCUCAUCCUGAUGUUUUACACAAGGACCAAUUCCGAGACGGGUUGGUCUGCGGACGUCACUUUCAUCGACGACCCCAACUGCAGCCCUGCUACCACACAACCACCAACCACUCAGCCACCAACCACACAACCACCAACCACUCAGCCACCAACUACACCACAACCUUCUCCACGCUGUUCUUUACUCUCUGCCAGCAAUGGAGUGACUUGGCUGUCCCCCAACUUCGGCUUCGAGAACUAUCCCAACGACUUCACUUGUGGUCUUAAGGGAACCGCUGGCUCACCUUACAUGACCACCUUCAAGAUCAACUCCUUCCAACUGCAGAAGAAGAAGCUCAAGAAAUGCGUCGACUUCGUUGGGAUUCAGAUUCCUUACAACAGGACCGUGAAGCUCUGCGGUGCAAGGAAAGGGUCCAUUUUUGUUCCGAACCUGAAUCUGGAAGCCAACUUCGUCACCGACAACGCUGUAACGGACGUCGGAUUCAACGUCAGCAUCACGUGGCAAAAGACGGAGUGUCACCGCGUCAUCGAACUUUCGGACGACUCCGCGACGGGCGUCAUCCAGAGUCCGAGAUUCCCAGAGAAUUAUCCGAAGAAUUCCGUCUGCGAGUGGUGGAUUGUGGCACCCGAGGGUAAAAGAAUUCAACUGGAAUUCACACAAAUCAACAUUCGGGACAAGAAGUGCCUUAAUGCUUACAUCGCAGUGGACAGGUCGGGCAAGGCCUCCUACCUGAGGGACGACAGCUCGCUUCUCUGCGCUGCCCACAAGUCGGCGGACGUUCUCUCCGACGGCAACACUGUGAACGUCGCUUUCGCCGGCGGACGGAGGCGGUCUCGGGGCUUCUCCGCUCGCUACACGGUCGUGUGACGCGUGUCGGCUUGGAAGGAGGGACGCGGUGCUGAGGGCUUUUCUCUUUGAUUUAGACACGCACAUUUUUGCAUGUAGAAACCACACGCAUAUUUUUGCAUAUUGAAACCAAACGCACAUUUUACAUAUAAAAGCGACGACUACAUUUUUACAUACAUAAAUCACACACACAUUGAUACAUAAAUAAACCACACGUACGCGUAUAUUCGUACAUAUAGGGACUAUACACACAUGUACCCACACAUAAAAAUGUGCUCACACAUGCCCACACACACAUCAAGCUUAAUAUAUUCACUUCACGCACAAAAACACUUUUGUGUAUGAAAAUAUUAAUUAUGAAAUUAAUACUUCAAAAUACCUAUGGAACCAUCUGUUACCAUAAGCAAUUUAAUUGGCUUCAUUUAAUAAAUCUGUCUUGGAAAAAUAAAUAAUUGA